AUGUUUCAGGAUUUGGUAGGUAGGUUAGUUCUGUGGACGGACUCCGAAAUUUGCUUGUGGUGGAUAAAGGGGUCAGCGCGUGAGUGGAAGCAGUUCGUGUCGAAUAGAGUUGCAGAAAUACAAGACUGUACCUCGCCUGAUAAGUGGAAAUAUUGUCCAGGGUCGGAAAACCCAGCAGAUAAAUUAACUCGUGGUGAAACAGCAAAUGCAUUGGUGAAAGAUAAUAACUGGUGGCAUGGUCCAUCAUGGUUGAAAGAUUCUGAAGAUCAAUGGCCUGAGCAGAAGUUUAAAGUAGAAACUGAUACUCAAAAUUUGGAACGUUUAAGCACUUAUGUUCAAGUGACUAUUCCAGAAGAAGAAAAUGCGUUAGACAUUACCAAAUUCAGUAGUCUCGAAAUAUUGUUGAGAGUUACAGCUUGGGUAAAGCGGUUUGUCGCCAAGCUAAGAAAACGUGUCUGUGAAGGUCCUCUUACUGUAUUGGAGAUCCAAGAAGCUGAGGAGUACUGGAUAAAACAAGUACAGAGAGCGAAUUACUUUUCGGAUAUUCAACAACUAGAGAGGAAUAAUCUAAUAACACCAGAUUCUAAGCUUUACAGUUUAGCACCAUAUCUGGACAGUAGAGGUAUUUUGCGUGUCAGAGGUCGUUUGGAACAAUCAGAAUUAAUAGAUGACGAAAAACAUCCCAUUAUUCUGCCCAAAACGAAGUUCACCGAACUAGUGAUAUUUAGUGAACACAUAAAAGUAUUCCAUUCAGGAGUCAUGGCAACAUUGUCCAAAGUCAGGAAUAAAUUUUGGAUACCUAAAGGAAGACAAGUAGUAAAGACAAGUAGUAAAGAAAGUAUUGCCUGGUGUGUAAAACGUUUGCAGUGA